CAAAAUCAAGAAACCACAAAACAAAACGCAAACAAACAAACCCUAACCCUAGAAGCAAAACGCCAAUCCACCUCUUAUCUCUUUCCUGCUAUAAAAACCUCAUUCUUUUCACAAUCCUUUCGUAGCAGUCCCCUCUUCCUUAAGAGGUAAACAAAACCCUUCUUCUGGUUUUGAGAAAAUCUCCCAUUUGGCAAUUCAAUCGAAAAAUCCAAUCUUUUUCGUUGGUUUUCAGUUUUGGGCUAUUGUGAAUGGUGGAAAUCUUUGAUAAUUUGUUAAUGAUCUCCCUUUGCCGUCAAAGAAGGGGGGUCUCUUCUUCUUUAUUGACAUCCUUCUGCUUUGGCUUUGGAUCUUGCAAAGAAGGCUGGUAUUACCGCUGCCUCGGCGUCGACCCUUGAAAACAGGGAAAAGCUGAUUUUUUUUUUUUUUUCAUCCACAUCCCUCUAAAUUCUUCCGAUUAUAUUCCUCAAUUCUUCAAUUUUCCUCAAGGGAUUUCAUAAAACUUUUCUGGGUUCUUUUUAUUUUCGAGAAAAAAAGCUUAAAAAAAGCUAGAAAAAUGUUGCUGCAGAAGAAGAAAACUCAGGGGGCGGCGAAGGGGAAUAGGCUUCUGAUAAGCAUUACUGUAAUGGGGUCUGCUGGUCCGAUCCGAUUUGUGGUGAAUGAGGAGGAGCUUGUGGCGGCUGUAAUUGAUACUGCUCUGAAAUCUUAUGCACGUGAGGGUCGCCUCCCUGUUCUCGGCACUGAUCUCAAUAAUUUCAUGCUUUAUUGCCCCUGUGCCACCACUGAAGCUUUGAGUCCAUGGGAGACAAUUGGUUCUCUUGGAUUUCGCAACUUCAUGCUGUGCAAGAAGCCAGAGACACAGAAGAUGAGUGGUGAUGGCAAUCAGACUUCUCCCUCUAUGUCUAGGAAGAGUUCUGGAAAUUGGAAGGCAUGGUUUAAUAAAUCACUCAAUCUCAAAGUUUCUUCUCAUUGAAUUGAAGAUGUAAGAGCUGGCUUGUGGCUUGAAAGUUGUUGGCAAGUUCGGAGUUUUCUACUUUUUGUCGCCGUGUUGGCACAGUAGCCUUUUGUUUCGGUAUCUUUGUGAUUUCAGUUGGUCUAUGUCCUUGUCGAAGAAUAAAGUUGAAGAAUUGUUGGUUUUACCUACUAAUGUAAGAUGUUUUGUUUAUCAAUCUGUUGUUGACGUUUCCAUCAAUUCCAUCAUUUCUUUGGGAUCCUUUGAA